UAUGUUGAUAUUCAAAAAUGAGUGGAAGGCCAUCAAUCGUUAUUGAUUUCGGAAGAAAAUCUAUAGUAAAUGUCGAAUCGCCAAGAGUUCGCCGGGAUUCCGGAUAUUCUAUGCUUUCAAAUCCACCAAAAAAGCUAGAAUGCGGAUGGUUACCAUGUUGUAUGUCUCCAGAAGAUGCUGAAUCAUUUGGACAUCAUGUUUCUAUAUUUAUGGUUGCACUUGUAGCAUUUGCCACUUUCUUUUGUGUUACUUUUAUUUUAGUUCUUGUUUUUAUUCUUGGUUAAUUGUUUUUAGUUAAGAUUGUAUUUUUUAAUGUACAUACUUUAUCACU